AUGUCUCCGAAAAUCAUACAGAGAAGCAUUUUCGUUCUUAUAGCGUUGAUGAGUUUAAAUACAAUCAGGUGCGGAAAACGUCCUUUUACAAUUGUGUUCCAUAAUGUUUCAUGUCCCACCUUUGAUCCAAUUUGCCAGCUGGCUGAGUGUGAUUUAAAAAAGCUUGGCACCAGCCGCUAUUCUCUAAGCGGUAUGUUUAAAUUGUCAAGGACUAUGCCUGAACAUAUCGUGGGCAGGGCUAUGAUUCAUGUGAGAGGAAUCAAACGAAAUCGAACUAUAACAUUUUUGGAUGUGAAGAUGAAAAUGUGUGAUUUAUUAAGACAUACAAAUUACAUGCCACUUGUUGAUCAGAUCAUGAAUGAAGUAAGAAGGGUCACUAACUUACCGAUGUCAUGUCCUGUAGAAGGGAAUGUCAUGUACAACGUUACUAACGUCAUUAUUACGGAUGACCUAUUUCCAGUAUACGCACCACCUGUUUAUUUCAAUGUUACUAUUGAUUUUUUCGAUAGGAAUAAACUUCUUGCAUUAUAUCGCCUGCAGGGAUCCAUAUUACCAAAAUAUAAAUGA